UGCAAAAUCUAAUCUAAUUAAAUUUAUUUUCGGUUAUUUGAUAAGUUUUUAAAGAAUAAAUUUGUGUUUAUAGUCGCUGCGCUAAAGAAGGAUUAAGUGCAUAGUGAAGAUAAGCUGAAAUAAAAAUUAGGAAAAAAAAAUAAUGAAUCAAGAUACAGACAUUUCAGAACAACGUGAUUUGCACGAGAUAUUUCGAGUAUGGGAACAGAAGUAUAGUACAGCUAAUUUUGAUCCAGAGCCUUAUGUCAAACGACUUGCGGAUAUUUUCGAGGAGGAAACAGAGCAGUAUAUGCAAAAAGAUCCCGAUCCAUUUGAUGAAAGACAUCCGUCAAGAACAGAUCCAAGUUCAGAAUUAGGAAAGAACCUGAAAUUGCUAUUUAAAAAAGAAGUUUUUAUGAAUAGGCUCGUAAAUGAUUAUCUUCGCGAUAAUUUUUUCACAAGACAAAGCAUAAACAAGAGCUCAUUUCAAUUGAAUAUCUCGGCAUGCCGUCUCAUAUUAAUAAUCAUGCCUGGAUUAGAAACUUCAGCUGUAUUUCAAGUGUCCAAUGAUCAGCUAAUAAAUCGUCUUUAUGAUUGGGUUGAAAAUGGUGCGGAACCACUAAGAAGUUAUGCUACAGGACUUUUGGGUGCAGCUAUGGAUAUCCAAGAUAUUGCAAUUGCUUAUCGUGAGCAAAAUAUUAGGAUGCUUCCAUUACUUCUUCAGCGAUUGAGAACGCUUCAAGCAAGAUAUAAAAAAUAUGGCAACAUUUCAAGUUUGAUACCAGAAAGUACAGAAGAAGAGCAGGAACAGGAACAUAGCACAUCUACAAACGGGCCUACUUCAGAAUGUACAGCGAUAGCAUCGAAGAAAGAAACUCCAGCUGAAGAAAAUCAUAUCGAUAUUGAUGAAAAUUCAAUGAGUACAAGUCAGCCGCAAAAUAAUCUCCCAAGACAUGUCAUUUUGCUUGAUCCACCGACUCUAGCCACAAGUCAAAUGUUAAUCUUACGGUAUUUGUCACCAAUGGGCGAAUAUCAGGAAUUUCUUCCAUUCAUUUUCGAGCAUGUUGCUAUGGACAUUAUUUUUGAUUUCAUUGAAAAUGUCGAUCCAAAAGAUUUAUGCUUAGCAUUUGAGGCUUUAAAGUAUCUCGCGUCAUUACUUUGUCAUAAAAAAUGCUGCAUAGAAUUGCUUAAUAAAAAUGGAAUACAGAAAUUGCUUAAACUUCCACGACAAUCAACAACCGCAACAGGAGUUGCAAUAACUCUAUAUUAUAUUGCAUAUUGUGAAGAAGCUAUGGAAAGGAUAUGCUCAAUGGCACCACGACUAAUAUCAGAAUUAGUAAGUUACGCAUUAGGAUUGUUAUCAUGUACUCACGAUUCGGGAAGAUGUCAUGCAACAAUGUUCUUUGGACUUUCAUUUCAAUUUAAAAACAUUCUUGAUGAAUUCGAUAAACAAGACGGUCUUCGUCAACUUUAUAACGUUAUAUCUGUUCUUCCAAUUUUGUCUCAAUCAAAUGAUGAGUUGAAUCUAUCAGCUGAUGAAGAGAAUGCAGAAAGACAAGUCAUUAGACACGUUUGCGUAGCCAUUAAGAAAUAUUUCGAAAGUCAUUUGUUUUACAAAUAUACACAAGUAGUACGAAGUCCUACAACGCGAUACCCAGUUCCUUUACGAUCAUUAAAAAAUACGCCAGAAGUAAUAGAUGAGCAAGUAAUGGCUCUUCAAAAUUUAUUGCCAAUGAAGGCUAAUUGGCAGCCUGUCCAAAUAUUUUUACAACUUGGUGGUGUUACUCUUUUUAUUUUAAUCAUAGCUCACAGUUAUGAGUGGAAUUACAGUGGACGAGGUGAAACGGUUCGUUCUGCUUUAGAUGUCAUCAAUAUUUGUUGUGUCUUACCUCGUGUUCAUGCAGUUCUUUGCGAUAGAAUUGAUUUUCCCGAUGAAGCCAGUGCUGCUGGAAUUAAUAUUAUACUUGGAUGUCUCGAAGGCGAAAUUGUAGCUGAUCCUGAGGUUCAAAAGUCUGCUCUAUCGUUGUUGGUUAAUUGUGUUUGCGCUCCAAUAUUAAGGCCAAGUGGAAUUGCUCGAUUUGGAAGUAAUAAGAAGAAAAUGACAGACAAGAAUAGUGAAGAACUCAUUAAAAUGGUCUGGGAAACUGUCAGAAGCAAUAAUGGAAUCAUUAUUCUUUUGCAAUUGAUGAUGGUAAAGACACCAAUAACAGAUGCUGAUUAUAUUCGAGGAAUGGCAUGUCGUGCUUUAGCAGGAUUAGCUAGAUCAGAGACAGUUCGACAAAUUAUCAGUAAAUUGCCACUUUUUGUAAACGGUCAACUUCAACAGCUAUGCAGAGAUCCGAUUCUUCAAGAGAAACGUACCGAACAUGUUCAGUUCCAAAAAUAUGCAUUAGAAUUACUAGAAAGAGUUAGUGGAAAGCCCAUUAAUAUCGAUACAUCGCUCGCUAAUAUCCAUAAAGCCAAUGUUGUAGCACAAACGAAGAUUCAGUUUAAUGAAAAACAGCUAUAUUUUCUGAUUUAUCAACAUCUCAUCGAGCAUGGAUUGUCAACUUCUGCAGAAGCAUUAAUGAGAGAAGCAAAGAUUGAGCAUUUACUUGGAAGUAACAAGGCAAUAGCAUCGAGUACACAGCAUUUGAAUUCUCCAUUUAAUUAUAGAUCGCCUUUAAUUCAACGUUCAAGGAUUCAUAGAAAAACAAAUGAGACACAUCCACAGAAUUUUAUUGACAAUACGGACAGUGCAAAAAUCAGUUUCAGUAGUAAGUUAAAUAUGAUUGAAGCAUGUGAACAUGCUUUAAAUUCAUCAGCAUCGUCGUCGACUAUAACACCCAUAAAGCUUAUAAAGAAAGCAAGUAGUGUCCAAACGCCAACAACUCAUCAAUCAGCUUUAGAAAAACAACCGUCUUCAGAAGUUUUUCUUACAGCCUCAGUUCCACAACAAAAUCAACAAAAGAACUCCGUUUCAAAUGCAAACAUAUCGCUCAAUACAAUCAUAACUGAAUACCUAGCAAAUCAGCAUUCGCUGUGUAAAAAUCCAAUGUCUACAUGCCCAACUUUUGAUCUUUUUGAACCUCACAAAUGCCCUGAUCCACGACCAAAAUCAAUUAGUGGAAUGAGUGUAAAUGUCGCUGCUAGAUUCUUUAAACGUCAUCAAGGAUUUAAUUCAUCAAAGCUUGAUCGUAGAUUUGUUCAUUCGAAUUUUAAUGUUGUAAGGACACUAAGAAUUCCAGAUUUGGAUCUUUAUUUUACAACUUGUGACUUCUUUACACCGGAAGGAAAUAAAUUGUUGAUUGGAACACAUACUGGCGAAGUAAGAGUGCUCAAUAUUAAUGAUUCAACGGAAGAGUUUAGUGCGUCGUGUUCUGACUCGUAUAUAAACAACAUUAAGUGUUCUCGACAUGAAGGAUUGGUCUUAACAAGUGCAUGGCAGUCGCCUCUUUCUUGUCUUUGGAGUGUUGAUAAUAAACAAUUUAUACCAAAAAUGAACUUUGAGGAGGAAGAGUAUGUAGAGUUUAGUAACGUAACACAAGAUAAGGUUUUAGGUACGAAAGCAGAAAAAGCCACAAUUUACGAUAUUAAUACUGGUCAAGUAAUACGAAAAUUAGUGCCAACAAUUUACAAUCAAUACAAUAAGAAUCGUGCGACAUUCUGUCCAACUGAUGAAUUAAUUCUAUCGGAUGGUGUUUUAUGGGACUUUAGAUCUGGUACGCAAAUACACAAGUUUGAUAAGCUUAAUAAUACGGUAUCGGGAGUUUUCCAUCAAAAUGGAUUGGAAGUAAUAUCCAACACUGAAGUAUGGGAUCUUCGAACGUUUCAUUUGAUGCGAACAAUUCCAACAUUGGAUCAAUGCCAAUUAAAGUUUUCAACCCAGAAUGUCAUUUAUGCAUUUAGUAUUCAAUAUGAAGACAUAGACGAAGAGCAAGGAUAUGGCUCAUCAUUUAAAGUUAUUGAUAGUUAUGAUUAUUCAAGUAUAUCGACAACGGAUGUACGAAAAUCAAUUUAUGAUUUGGCUGUUAAUGAGAGCGGUUGCCAAAUUGCUUUGUGCGAGAAUCAAGGUGGCUUCGAAUCAGCCUCUGAAUCCGUCGUUCGUGUUUAUGCAGUCGGUCGUAAACGUGAAGAAUUUGAUGGGGAUGAAAUGGAAGAGGAUGAAGAAAUGGGCUCAGAUGAAGAGGAUGGACUGGAUUCGAUAUCAGAGAACGAUAACGAUAAUGAGUUUGAUAGGGAAAGCAACCGAAGACGACGCCGUAGGAUGAACAUUAAUAGAGGAAAUUUGAAUAAUAUGUUUGACAUUAUUUCAUUGUCUACGGAAAGUCUAUCGGAUAGCGAAUUAUCUGAAGAGAAUUUCAACUCUGAUGGAUCAGAUCAAGCCGAUUCCGAUGAAAAUGCAUCUGAAGGAGGUGAUAAUGAUGACAAUGAUGAGAAUGAAGCACAAGACGACGACGAAGAAGCAAAUUGGGAAACUGAGGAUGAGGUCGAUGAUGAUAAUUAAACACAUUGUUAUUUAUUAAAUAAGUUGAAAUACUUAUUUGGAUUUA